UUCACGAAUGAUCAUGUUAAUAAUAUUAACUUACUCUUUAUUUAUAAAUACUAGUUUUAUACAAUCAUUACAAUUAUUAAAGUUAUGGACAAUCAUUAUUGCAUCAAGAAUAUCAGAAAUUCAGUUAAUAAAAUUGAUUAAUGGUAUAACCGAGUACGAUCAAAAAUUAACAUCAUUUCCAAGAUAUUUGUUAAUUCACCGACUUUUACCGAAGAAAAACUAUUGGAACACAAUUUUCAUGUUCACGUUAAUUUAUUAUAUUUUAAUAACAAUACUUUUUAUGAACAUAUGGCCACCGAAGUCAAUAGACAUGAUUUCUAUUGCUGUUUAUUUCAUUCGGUUAGAAUUCAUCACGGAUGUUUCACUAACGUUAUCUUCGUAUUUUUUCCUACAACAAUUGGAGUAUAGAUUCGAAAUGUUAAAUUAUUCUUGGAAAUAUCUUUUUCCUGAAUUUCUAACCGCUCCUGGUGAAUUUACACAUUCCAUAACAGGAAUGACGCUGGAUAAAAUACGGCUGUUACACACCGAGCUAUCAGACCUAUUAAGAAUAUUCAGCGAGGGUUACGGAAAGAUACUAUUAGGAUACUUCGUAUUCAAUUAUAUAGAUAUGCUACUUGGUUUUUAUUAUUCAAUUAUUUUUACUAAAAAUAUAAAAAUAUAUCAUUUUCACAAUUUUAUAAGAAAAUGUGUACCAUACAUUUUCCAACUACAGAAUUCCAUAUUGGUUUUAUCCAUCAUUAUUGCUGCAUCACGUGUCCGUGAAAAGAAACGGAAGAUGAUAUCACAUUUACGAUUAAUAAGGAUUUCAAAUUUAUCAGCCAACCUAAAAAUACAAAUUAAAUUGUUUAUGAACCAAAUAUCAGUUCUUGAAUCAAGCGAAAUCACAGCUUUUGGAAUUUUCAACAUAAAUUUAAAUCUUGUUGUAUCAAUAAUUACCUUACUUAUAACUGGUUUAGUUACAAUAAUACAAAUGAAACAACAUCCAAUUAUGUCAAAAAUUGAAGAGAAUAUAAAUACAUUUUUACAAAACAUAAGUGUCGGAAAUACGACUUAUUGAAAAUGUAAGGCUACAAUUCGAUUGCGCACAUAUAUUUUUAUACCUCUGACAAAAAUCCCUAGUUUUAAAAAUAAAUACUGAAAUAUUUUAUUUUUCACUUAAACAUGCUUAAGAUAUUCUGCUCAAACAAGCGAAUAAAAAAUCAAAAAAAUAUGCUUCAUCCUCAAAAACGUGUUAAAAAAAUUUGAGUUAUUUUAAGUUUUUAAACGCAAAUAUAAUUAUGUUUUUUUCAUCACUGAGAAUUUAUUAAAUGCAAAUGAAGGUCA